AUGAAUCUCUCAGGCGAUAUGGAAGACUCAUCCGACAAGAUUCUCUUUCUCAACUUCAAUCAAGACUUUAGCUGUGUCUCUGUUGGCACCGAAACCGGCUAUCGAAUGUACAACUGCGACCCUUUUGGACGAUGCUAUAGCAAAUCUGGACGCGGUGCGAGUAUCGUAGAAAUGCUGUUUUGUACCUCUCUUGUGGCACUGGUGGGCGUAGCGGACCAGGAAGGCUUCAACUCAAGACAACUUCAGAUCAUCAACACCAAGAGACAAUCGACUAUUUGUGAAUUGACGUUUCCUACAACGAUCUUGGCUGUCAAAAUGAAUCGGCGGAGGCUAAUUGUCGUGUUGGAGGAGCAGAUCUUUUUGUACGACAUUAGCAACAUGAAGUUGCUUCAUACGAUCGACACUAGACCUAACCCUACUGCCAUUUGUGCCUUGUCACCCUCCUCCGAAAAUUGCUACAUUGCUUAUCCAUCCCGAUCUUCUUCGACAUCACCUUUUACUUCGACAGCUGCCAAUGCAACUGCUUCUGGUUAUGCAUCCGGUGAUGUUGAGAUCUUUGAUGCUUUGAAUAUUCAGCUUGUCAACAUUGUCCAGGCACACAAAUCGCCCGUCAGCUGUAUCACAAUGAAUUCGGAAGGAACGCUGUUGGCUACGGCUAGUGAAAAGGGUACUGUCAUUCGUGUAUUCUCGGUCCCUGAUGCUGGCAAAGUGUAUCAAUUUCGAAGAGGAUCGUAUCCAGCCAAGAUUUAUUCCAUGUCGUUCAACCCUGUCAGCUCUUUGCUUUGUGUAUCCAGUGACACUGAAACCGUUCACAUCUUCAAGAUUGCCAUGCCGCCUAACGGAGGCACAGGAUAUGAUCCCUUGAUCGAAGGCAGCAAUGGAUAUGGAAAGGAUGAUACUGAAACGCGAGGACGCAGCAACAGUGUUGGACAAAUGCUCAAGCGCUCUUCACAACAUUUGGGUCGCAGCGUUGGAUCUUACUUGCCUGGUAUGAUUACUGAAAUGUGGGAGCCUGCACGCGAUUUUGCAUUCCUCAAGCUUCCAAGUGCAGGCGUGCGUAGUCUUGUGGCGUUGAGCAGCACCACGCCUCAAGUCUUGGUUGUUACGUCUGAAGGCUACUUUUAUCAAUACAACAUUGAUUUGGAGAAUGGCGGUGAAUGUGUCUUGUUGAAGCAAAACAGUCUUCUUGAAUCAGGCGAUGAUGCCAAUGGUGCCAUGGUAGUAUAA